AUGUACCCCUUAUCCUAUUCUAUAACAUUCCAGGAACCAAACCGUGCCAAGAUCACCGAGCAGCUCGACGUCAACACCACCAGCGUCGUCGUUCUCAGUCAGAAAUUCCUGCCACUUCUCAAGAAAGCCGCGUCGAAAGUAUCCGGAGAUCAACUCUCUGUCUCUCGCGCCGCCGUUGUCACCAUCUCCUCGGGACUCGGAUCGAUUACUGAAAAUGAUACGGGCUCCGGACUCUUCGAGGGUCUUGCCUACAGAAUGAGUAAGGCGGCAGUCAACAUGUUCGCCAAGACAUUCUCGAUUGACAUGAAGGAUGAUCAUAUUCUCGCAGUCAAUUUCUGCCCAGGAUGGGUUCAAACUGAUAUGGGCGGGAAGCAAGCGGCGUUGACUGUGGAGCAGUCCACUACUGAGUUGGUGGCCGCUUUCAAUAAGUUGGACAACUCACACAAUGGAGGAUAUUAUCACAGGGAUCUUACUCCAUUCAAGUUCUAA